GACAUAUACUUUCUGUUUCUGAACUCUUCUCCACCGCCGCACCUAUGGGUUUUCUUUCUCUAAAUUCUGGCUUGCAUCCUUUUCUCUUUCCUUUGUUCAGUUUCUUUCUUCAAUUUCAACCAAUUCGUAAUUAGGGGUAGCUUUAGAACGAGAUCAAAUUUAUUCUCCCUAUGUUCUGGUUCUGAUGCCUCUCAUAAAUGACAAAACCCACAGUGCUCCACUCCUGUUCGUGAAGAUUCUUCUCAUUCCACUGUGAACUUGAGCGGUAAUAAUCCGAUGGCAAUUCGGUGGUUUUCCAGGUCGAAAUUGCCCAUUUUUGCUUCGGUAUUUCUACGAGGUCUGACAAGGAGACCAAUUAGAGAUAGCUCAUUACCAGUUAAAUCGACGAUUACUGGAUUUCAGCCGGAUUCGAGCCGACCCUUAUGGGGAUUCCGGCUAUAUCACGAUGGGAGGCCACGGGGACCCCUUUGGAGAAGCCGGAAAGCAAUUGGGAAAGAAGCGCUUUUUGUUAUUCAGGGAUUAAAGAGAUUCAAGGAAGAUGAAGAGAAACUCGAGAAGUUCAUGAAGAGUCAUGUUUUGAGGCUCUUGAAAUUGGAUAUGAUUUCUGUGCUUGGUGAACUUGAGCGGCAGGAAGAGGUUGCUUUAGCUGUCAAGAUAUUUAGGUUGAUUCAAAAGCAAGACUGGUACAAGCCUGAUGUUUUUAUAUAUAAAGACUUGAUUAUUGCAUUAGCUAGAAGUAAAAAGAUGGAUGAUGCAAUGAAGUUAUGGGAGAGCAUGAGAGAGGAGAAUUUAUUCCCUGACUCUCAAACGUAUACCGAAGUCAUCAGAGGUUUCUUGAGAUAUGGAUCUCCUUCUGAUGCAAUGAACAUAUAUGAGGAUAUGAAGAAGUCUCCAGAUCCACCAGAUGAGUUGCCAUUUAGAAUUUUGUUGAAAGGCCUUUUGCCACACCCCCUUUUGAGAAACAGAGUAAAGCAAGAUUUUGAGGAGCUCUUUCCUGACCAGCAUGUGUAUGAUCCACCAGAAGAGAUAUUCGGCCUACGUUGAGCGAAUCAACACGACGGUUUGUCAAUGAACAUUACUCUGAUUUCCUUAUACUUCUCCCUGCUCAAGCUGAAAGCAAAACAAGUGUGCGAAGCGUGAUGAUAUGAAUCUGCAAGGGGAUGGAGUCUAUAUUAAUGGCAUUUCUCCGGAUCAGUGACUUGGGAUUCAAAGGAGAAGGGAAGAAGAUGGUGAAAUACCAAAGCUUGAAUCAAAUGUAGGUGUUUGUUUCUUUUUAAGAGAGUGCAGUUUGUUGAGGGAUCAUUGUCCAAAAAAAUUCUAUUUACUGAGGAAUGUGAAUGCCACAGAGAAAUACAAAUGUGUAACUUGUCCUUCAAAAUUUUAAAAUCUUAAUUAGUCUUUUUAA